CCAUUGUUUAUUGUGUUAUAGUGAAUAAGUCUAAUAUUUCGAAUUCUAGCAAAUUUGGACGUAACCUAAACCCUGAAGAAAGUUAAUCGAGAUAUUAUUUUGUACUAUAUUUGUCUAAUAUUUGUUUAGUGUGUUAUUAGGUUUGAAACUUCAGUCAAGUUGUUCUACAAUGUAAUACAAAUACGCGUAAAUCACGAUAUCUUAUUUUAAAGGUGAAAUUUUGGAUUUUACAUCAUGACAAUAUAGGCUGUGGGCCGUUGAAUCAAAACCAAGAUGAAAGCGGACUUUUCUGAAAGGCCAACACCAUAUGGACAAGGAAAGAGAGUAACAACUUUACUCACUGAAGAUGGUUGUUAUUUCCCUGUGAUAUCUCACGCACCGUAUAUCGAACGAUGUUAUCUCCGAACAGCGCCUUUCCCACAACAAAGGACACCAAUGGGCAGACAUUCUCAAGAAGAUUCAACAUUUAAUAUAGGUGAUGGAGGCAGAUCUAAAACAGAAUUUAUAACAACAUCAAAACAGACUUUUGGUGGAAGUAAAUCUUUAAAUCCUGCUAAAAGACCACCACUUAGUCGUUCCAUGCACAUCUCACAGUUAGAUAAUAUAAUAUCUAAUAAAUAUGGUGAGAAGACUACUUCUAAUGGCUUGAAGACUAGGUAUAAUGUAGCAUUUAAAGAGAAAGAUAUAAUACCGGCCAAUAUAUUACACCAAAGUUCUCUGGUCAAUAGAACAAAUCAAACUAAAGGAACAGAUGUAUGUGAGGCUGUCCGUCCAUCAACUACUGUAGCUACUUACUGGUCUCAAUAUGGUAGAAUUCAUAGUAAAUUAGGAUCAAUGUUAGGUCCCGGUGUUCCCCAGAGUUACCCUAUCAGACAACAGUACAAUGUAAUCACAGGCGAAAGUAAAGGGCCUGCAUGGACAGAAGAAAAUGCCAGGAUAUCUGGCAAUAGAGUACUUAAUUCUUGUAGACAGAAGUUAAAAUCAACACCAAUCAUCAGCUGAUCUCAAAUUUUUAAUUAUUUGUAUUGUAAAUAACCAGUGUUUAUUUGAUAUUGUUGCAAUAAAUUGGAGUGCCUUUAUUC